GUGACACGGACUCGAUUUGAUUGAUGACGUUCGCGUCAAGCCGUUGUCGUUUCAUUUAAGCUAGAUUUAAUUGUAAACACUUUUUUAAAUAUAUAUAUUUUUGCUGAUUUUCCAUAAUUAUGUCCACUGAGGUUCUGGAAGCCAUGGGGAUGCUGGAGGCUUUACGGGUGACCGAGCUUCGCUCUCUGCUCUCCAGGAUGGGCAGGAAUAAAAGUGGCCUGAAGAAAGAUCUCACGAAAAGAGUCGUGGAUCUCCUGCAGAACGAGUGCAGUUACGAGCUGCUGUUCGCCGUCCAAGAGCUGCACAAACUCCGACAGGUCUCGAAAGAUGCUCGCAGGAGCUCAAAGCCCAAUCCCAUCACACCCGGUCCUGUGGAAACCAUCUCCAUGCCAGAGAGAGUGUCAGCCAGCAAACCCGGAUCACUGACGGCCGUCUCUACAGAAAACCAGAUGAUUCAACUGCCCUUCUACCAGACACUAGAGACCGUUCUACCCCCUACACCUCUAGUGCCCGUGUUCGGUGGACCCCUGCAGAACUCACACUUUCGGUUUCAUCUCAGUGCGAGUCAGCAGGCUCAGAUCCAGAACGCUCAAUCUCCGUCUGGAUCGAUGCCUGUUCAGGUGGUGCUCAGGAUUUGUUACAGUGAGAGUAUCGGUGUUGAAGAGGAUCAGUAUCCAGCAAACAUCGGUGUUUCAGUCAAUCACGCUAACUGUCCUGUACAGUGUUCCUAUUCAUCCAAUAAACCUGGAACAGAGCCGUCACGUCCAUGUCGUCCCAUCGACAUCACACCUUUGUUGUGGGUUUCAUUCACAAAUCGCUUCUCAGUGACGUGGGGAAAUUUCGGCAAGCGUUACUCUGUUGCUGUGUAUCUGGUGCGUGUGGUUUCCUCUCAGGAGUUGUUAACUCGGUUGCGCAGAUCAUCAGUGGAGAGUCUGGAGCUCUGCCGGCAGCGAGAAAACAUCACAUCAUUUGUGAUAUCUCGAUCAUUUGGAGUCAAUGGAUCUUUUACAGUGUGCGAGAAAUUAAACUCUGAUCAGGAGAAUGAGAUCACCACCACAGGACUACAAGUUUCACUCAUGUGUCCACUGGUGAAGAUGCGUAUGUCAGUGGCGUGUCGAGCGCGGGGCUGUGCCCACCUGCAGUGCUUUGACGCCUCCUUCUAUCUUCAAAUGAAUGAGAGGAAGCCCAGAUGGACCUGCCCCGUGUGUCACAAAUACGCCCCCUUUGAUGCUCUGUGCAUCGACAGUUUGCUGUGUGAAGCUCUUGAGAGUUCUGGGGAAGAUGUGGAGGAGAUUGAAUAUAUGUCUGAUAGCAGCUGGAAACCUGUGAGACAGGACAGAAGCGAUAAAGAAUCAGCUCUACAUCCUCCCGAACACCAGGGGAAUCCUUCUCCGGUGGACAGAAAUGUUGUGGAUCUGACUCAGGGUUCCUCUGACGAUGAAGAUUUCCUGAAGGAGGAGAUGGUUUCUACACAUUUAGAAGACAAGAAAGUACACUUCAGAAAAUCUGGCAUGAUCAAAACUCCUCGAUCCAAAAGCAGGUCUAGAACCAUCAUCUGAGCAGCAGUUGCAUUUUAAAUGUUCUUUAUUUAGAGUUUUAAUACUUUAUUUUGUUUUGUAAACUUUGAAUACUUGCCAAUUAUACAGUGUUUGUAUGUUAUAUAAUUGUUGUGGCAAUAAAGUCUUAUUUUACUGGAACUAUUGUGCUGUGCACUCAUAUGUUGGGCAAUAUUUACUGUUUUGUCUUGGUCAUUUGUACUGCUGAGUCGUGUGCUUUUGGUAGAAACAAAUCAAUGAAUAAAAUAAUGUAUUAAUUUACAAAGAAUUUAAAAUACCUACCUACUUAACAAGUUAAAGUAAAAAAUGAAUGAAAAUGGACAAUGGCGUUAAACAAAACAUUCGCCGCAAUUAGUAAAGAAAAGCCAAAUUAAUGCUUGAAAUGAUACGAUCAUAAGUAUUCUACUCAGAACAUAAAACAACUGCGAUCGGUUAAGAAAUGUUAACGUGCUUUUGAUUUAUCCUGUAAAAGUUCUACGUGCUUUAAUGUCUUGCCCGCUUCAAUAUGGCGGCGACGUCCUUGUGGUCUCGCGAGAUCUGUGCUGCUCUCUGAUAUUUCCGGUAACUCGCCCGUGCCGUGAGCAGCUGGGCAAGACACAGAUCAAGAAAGCUUUAAUAUGCUCAGAUUCACUGACAGCGUUAAGGAGUAUUCAGUUGGGUCAAUCUAAUUGCAGACAAAUGUUAUUAUAGAAAUAAUGCAACUGGUAUAUAGACUUCAUGCACAAGGCAAUGUUGUUUCAUUUUUGUGGGUACCAGCACAUGUUGGAGUGGAUGGAAACGAGAUGGCAGAUAAACAUGCUAAAAGAUCGUUAAUAAAAAGAAUAUAGAAAUUGAUGUAAAGAUCAGCAAAGCAGAAGCAAAGACAAUUAUCAAACAAGCUGUUGUUAAAUCUUGGCAACAUAAAUGGGAUAUGGAGAAGACAGGAAGACAUUUCUAUAAAAUUCAGAAGAAAGUGGUUAUAAAAUAAUGAGACCGGAAGUGAUUUUAAAAGAAGAGAAGAAGUAAUAAUAACAAGACUAAGAUUAGGACAUUUAUAUAAAAUCAGGAAACAUACGCAUGGAUUAUGUAUAUUUUGUGGUGAAACUGAAACAGUUGAGCAUAUUUAAUACAUUGUAAAGCAUACUGUAAAGAGAGACAGAUUCUGGAAACAGACAGAAUUCGGCACAGAUAAUAUUAGGUAACAAAAAAUUCAGAAGAA